UCUGGUGGUCCGUCUCGGCGAGCUGGACUUCAACACCGAUCCCGACUGUCUGCCGUUCAACCGGAGUCACUGCGCCGACCGGUUCAGGGACAUCCGUAUCGAGAGCACCCGGCCCCACGAGCUCUACAAGGGCCGUUUCGGGAACGCCCUGGAGCACGACAUAGCCGUGAUCCGCCUGGCUCGCUCUGCUGAACCGUUCACCGACUUCGUCCGCCCGGUCUGUCUGCCCGUCGACCUGGCCCGACUGCGGGGAGGUGCCGACGACACCAUUGGAAGUCGCGUCUUCAUCACCGGCUGGGGACGGUCAGCGAACUCCUCGGAGAGCUUCACCCCGGAGCUGCAGGAGGCCAGCAUCCGUAUAGUGGCGCCGGAGAGGUGUGAGAACACCUACAGACGCAGCCUGACGGCCGCCUUCGGGAGCCGCCUGUGCGCCGGCGAGGGUACUGGCGUGGACACCUGCCGGGGCGACUCCGGUGGCCCGCUGAUGACGCACAGCCCUCACGGCACUCAUUGGUACCUGGUCGGAGUGACGUCGUUCGGCACUCACACCUGCGGAAUCAGGGAGGCCGUCUACACCCGCGUCAGGGACUACGUCGAAUGGAUAGAAAAGCAGCUGUGAUCAUCACCGAAGUAGCCGUGAUGUGCCACUGGAACAGCUGUGAGCCGUCGCCCGCCCUGUGGGUCGGAGGCAGGCAGGGUCACCACGAGCGACAUCUAGGACAAUGAGCAACAACCUACGAGCUACUAGCGUCAGGCUGCAAGCCGAGGCGUGUCCCGGGACUUUGUUCGAGUAAGGGUUGUCGAGUAGGGAAAUUUCCAAGUCUCGCCGGUUCAUGGCAUUGCGUAGUGGCGAUAUGAACCUCCCAGCGUUAAAUAAGCUGGGCGAAGUGAGAUUAUUGGUGAAAUGACUGACGAAACGGUGAAAACGGCAUUAUCUGAGACGGUAGAUGUCGUCAUGUCGGGAGACUAGUGAUGUGUUGCACCCGAAUUUAUACCGUAGCAUUAUUGUGUACCAUACAUUAUCCGUCGGAGCGGUAUUAACCGAACCAAAUAAAAUAAUGACCGGGUAA